UGCUUCUCAUCCCAAGACCAAGUCUGAACAGCAACUUCCCUCCCUCAGCUGCUUGAACUUUUUUUUUUUUUCCUCUGAGGCUGGAAAGAAGUGUCACAUUUUGCUCCCUCCUAAGCCCUCUCCCCACGCUUUCCCAGGGACCGUGAGCUGUGUGGAGGGCGCGCUGGGAGCCACCUCCAGCCUCGGGUGGCUGUGACUGCAGGAAGAACUUUCAGCCCCUCUCAUCCUCGCACUAUGGAGUUCCUCGGGAAGCCCAGGAGCCAGAGAGCUGCUUUUCUGCCUCUCUGCUUGCUCUUUUUGAAGAUUCUGCACCCAGGACACAGCCAUCUUUACAGCAGCAGCUAUGCGGGUGAUAAGGUGAUAAGACUUAUUCCCAAUACAGAAGAGGAAGCAUAUGCACUGAAGAAAAUAUACCAGCAACUGAAGGUGGACCUGUGGCAGCCCAGCAGUAUCUCCCAGGUAUCAGAGGGAACAGUUACUGAUGUCCAUAUUCCCCACAAUGGUUCCCGAGCCCUGUUAGCCUUCCUACAGGAAACCAACAUCCACUACAAGAUCCUCAUGGAAGAUCUUCAGAAAGUGCUGGAAAAGGGAAGCAGUUUGCCAACCCAGAGAAGUCGAAGAUCCGUCUCUGGAUAUAAUUAUGAAGUUUAUCACUCCUUAGAAGAAAUUCAGAAUUGGAUGCAUCAUUUGAAUAAAACUCAUUCAGGCCUCAUUCACAUGUUCUCUAUUGGAAAAUCAUAUGAGGGAAGAUCUCUUUUUGUUUUAAAGCUGGGCAGAAGAUCACGAGCUUACAAAAGAGCUGUCUGGAUAGACUGCGGUAUUCAUGCAAGAGAAUGGAUUGGUCCUGCCUUUUGUCAGUGGUUUGUAAAAGAAGCUCUUCUAACAUAUAGGAGUGACCCAACCAUGAGAAAAAUGUUGAAUCAUCUGUAUUUCUAUAUCAUGCCUGUGUUUAACGUUGAUGGAUACCAUUUUAGCUGGACCAAUGAUCGAUUUUGGAGAAAAACAAGGUCAAGGAACUCAAGGUUUCGCUGCCGUGGAGUGGAUGCCAAUCGAAACUGGAGGGUGAAAUGGUGCGAUGAAGGAGCUUCCAUGCACCCUUGUGAUGAUACGUACUGCGGACCUUUCCCAGAAUCUGAGCCGGAAGUGAAAGCUGUAGCGAACUUCCUCCGAAAACACAAGAAGCACAUAAGGGCUUACCUCUCUUUUCACGCAUAUGCUCAGAUGUUGCUGUAUCCCUAUUCUUACAAAUACGCAACAAUCCCCAAUUUUAGCUGUGUGGAAUCUGCAGCUCAUAAAGCUGUGAAGGCACUUCAGUCGGUGUACGGCAUACAGUAUCGAUACGGGCCUGCUUCCAGCACACUGUAACAGGCGAAGGCCAAAGUGUCCAGAAACAACCAGGAGGGCCAGAGACUUAUGAAGACCACCAAGAAUGGGAAGAGGCUGCUUCUCAAAGGACCUGGCAAAGAUGCACACAAUCAGCUAGAGUCAUCUGGCGGCCUUCAUGGACCCCUGAGGAAACUUUUCCCUUGACUGGGAGUGUGCUGUGUGGCCCCUGCUCUGUUAGCUGUCUGUGUCCAGAUCCUUUGCUCCUGUCUAUUGAUGCCUUUCCAAACUUCAUCACUCCUGUAGCAAUCAAACAGAGUCAGCUCUUGAAUAUUCAGGGAGAAAAAAAGAAUUUACAGAUAAUCCCCAAAAUUCAUUUUUCAUUGUAUUUUAAAUUUCUACCUAUUCUAUACCCUCUGCAAUAAGAUCUGUUAGCAAGUUAAUAUCAAGAACGUAAAUUUUAUUAUUUAUCCCUGCCCUUCACAUAGCAUAGGUGCUAAAGGUAAUUUUUCAAGUGAAAACAAGGGCAACAGAAAAUAUAGACUCUGAAUGAUCCACAAACUAGAUGGGUAUAUAUUUUAUUAUCCACAGAGAUUCAAGAUGAAAUUUUGCCUUGAUGAACCUCAUGUAAAUUCUUUUCAGUGCUUAUUCUCACAUUUCAGUAACACUAUAUUUUACAGCUCGAGUUCUAUAAGUGGGUAUUUUAAUAUUUAUAGGCUAUUUUCAUUCUUAAUCUCUUUAAGCUACAAAACAUACUGUUGGGUGAUUUAUGUUCAAGGCACUCUACUAGGUGCUGUGUAUGAGGAGGUGCUGGAGACAAAAUGUGUUAGAUUUAUGUCUAUACUUGCUUAGGAAUGUAAAAGUUAACUUCAAACUAAAAACGGCACCUGCAUUUUUAAAAAUAGUUUGACGAGAUACAUCCCUCAUCCCUCACUUUUAUUAACAGUAAUUUUGUAAAUUCUGGCUCUGCUGAGUUGUAGCUCUCAGCUUGGCUUUAGUGAGUGUUUUCAUUUCCAAGUUCUGCCGAAACAGAGCAUCACAAAUUGGGUGGCUUAAAAUGACAGAAAUCUGUUGUCUCACAGUUCUAAGAGGAUAGCAGUCCCAAAUCAAGGUGUCAGCAGGGCCAUGCUCCCUCUGAAACCUGAAGGAGAAUCCUUCCUUGCCUCUUCUUAGUUUCUGGUUGGUUGCCAGAAAUCAUCAGUGUUCCUUGGUUUACAGCUACUUAACUUCAAACUCGGCCUUCCUCUCACAUGGCCUUCUCCCUGUAUGUGUCUGUGUCGUCACAUGGUGGUCUUCUUAUAAGGCCACCAGUCAUAUUGGAUUGGGGACCCACCCUACUUCAGUAUGACCUCAACUGGUUCCAUCUGCAGUGACCCUAGUUCCAUUAAUAAGGUUGCAUUCCGAAGUACUGGGGGAGUUAGAACUUCAACAUAUCUUUUGGGGGGGGGGAGGCAAAACUCACCCCAGAACAGUGAAUAAAUAUCCUGAGAUACUGUUGUUAAUGAGUCUGUUUACAGAGCCAAAAAGUGGUGAAUCUUGGGAGUUCCCUGGUGGCCUAGUGGUUAGGAUUCCGGGCUUUCACUGCUGCGGCCCAGGUUCAAUCCCUGGUAAGGGAACUGGGUGAUGCAGCCAAAGAAUUAAAAAAAAAAAAAAAAAAAAAAAAAAGUGGUGAAUCUUGCUUGAGUUUAAUCUUUUGUUCUCAAGGCUGUCAGGGAAUAGAUGCAAAUAAAACAUAUUUUUUAAGUUCUAACGCUCCCAAUGAGAUUGUUUUUAAUAGACUAUUAAUGGAAAUAGAAUGAUCUACUAUUUAUAGUUUACUUUUUUAAAUACUAAAAUUAUAAUUCAAAUGAUGAUUUACUUUUCUUAACAUGGGAAAUUUGUUCAUUUUAGGUAGGGUUGUAUAUCACCUUAGUUCCCGAUAAUGAUUUAGGGCUGCUGCAUCAUAAAAUGUAUUUACAACUAAGUUAUACUAGAUCAAAUCUAAUUGAUUAAAUCAGAAUUCUGUGCAACGUUAAUUAAAGUAUGCUGUAGAUUAAGCAAAGUAAUUACCUGAGCGACUGCAUUUAAUGGAAUAUUUUUAUGAAUCAGAAUCCUGCAUAAUAAACCUGAAAACAGCUACACUGAAUACCUAAAAUAUUUCACAAAACAAACUGCAAUGAGAACUGCUAAGACAUUUGAACAAUGCACAUGAAA